UAAGCUACUUGGAAACAGUUUGAUCCUUUCAGGUUUUGCUUUUAAGAUUUGCUAGGAAGAACCCAAUAAAUGUUUAGUAUAGGGCUAAUUAUUCCUGACUACUGAGGCAAGACCCUUCUGAGUAUACUGCCCAACGUCCCAUGAAUUAGGAACUUUUUCCAUUUGGCUAAUGGGAGCAGGCACUAUAACCAGCCCUCUGUGAGCAUUGGGUGCUAUUGCCUCUAAUAUUUUUGAGUGGUUCUUUUUCUUGCCUAAAAACAGUUCCUCCACAAGUGCUAAUCAGUACUCUGGUGAAUACUGGAAGGGGGUCCUCUGCAGAUCUCUGGAGUUCUGCUCAGUGUGGCUCUGCAGUUCAGAAUCCUCUCUGGUACUCCUGUACUCUCAACUCCAUUUCCUCAUCCCAGGGAGUCUCCUGGGCUCUGCCUGGAUUUCCCCUCUCUGCCCAUGCCCUGGGAACUCUCAAGAUAGUAAGGUGGGGCAACUGCAGACCUCAUCCCUUCUCUCAGGGAUCACUGUCCUUCCUUGUUAAUGACAAGUGCCUUGAAAACCAUUGUCUAGUUUUUUGGCUGUUUCAGAUGGGACUGUGAAAUUCAGCCCCUGUUACUCCAUCAUGGCCAGAUGAGAAUAUUGAACUGAAUCUACACGAGUUUUAAAAAUGGCCUGGUGUGGUGGCUCAUGCCUAUAAUCCCAGCAUUUUGGGAGGCCGAGGUGGGCGGAUCACUUUAGGUCAUGAGCUCAAGACCAGCCUGGUCAAUAUGGUGAAACCCCAUCUCUACAAGAAAUAACAAAAAUUAGCUGGGCAUGGUGAUGAGUGCCUGUAAUCCCAGCUACUUGGAAGGCUGAGGCAGGAGAAUCGCCUGAACCUGGGAGACAGAGGUUGCAAUGAGCCGAGCUCACAUCAGUGGCCUCCAGCCUGGGCAACAGAGUAAGACUCCAUCUCCAAACAACAACAACAACAACAACAACAACAACAACAACAACAACAACAAAAAUGAACCUUGUGUGAGCCCAAUUUAUUUCCUGUAUAAUGAUUAUAUUUUAUAGAUAUUACAUGAUUUUAUUCUAAUAAUGGAGAUGGAUGAAUCACAGUAAAAUGUUUAAGGUAAAACAUUUCACUGUUUUUUGGAAAUACUUUCUCAGUGUCAGUUAAAGGGAAACUGUUACCACAAGCUUACUUUAUCAAGAAUCAGGAAGUACUAUGAGAUCAGCAUUAGAUUAAAACAGUGUUGUUUUGAGUGGAAGACUACACAUUUUAGGUAUGUGAUUAGAAAACAUACUUGUCAGAAUUGUCUGGCUGGAUUAAUUUGCUAAUUUGACCUUCUUCAUCAUUUGAUGUGAUGCCAGAUACUAAUAGCACAAUCAAUUUAUCACUAAGCACUCGUGUUACUUUAGCAUUUUUUAUGUCCUUAGUAGCUUUUGCUAUAAUGCUAGGAAAUGCUUUGGUCAUUUUAGCUUUUGUGGUGGACAAAAACCUUAGACAUCGAAGUAGUUAUUUUUUUCUUAACUUGGCCAUCUCUGACUUCUUUGUGGGUGUGAUCUCCAUUCCUUUGUACAUCCCUCACACGCUGUUCGAAUGGGAUUUUGGAAAGGAAAUCUGUGUAUUUUGGCUCACUGCUGACUAUCUGUUAUGUACAGCAUCUGUAUAUAACAUUGUCCUCAUCAGCUAUGAUCGAUACCUGUCAGUCUCAAAUGCUGUGUCUUAUAGAACUCAACAUACUGGGGUCUUGAAGAUUGUUACUCUGAUGGUGGCCGUUUGGGUGCUGGCCUUCUUAGUGAAUGGGCCAAUGAUUCUAGUUUCAGAGUCUUGGAAGGAUGAAGGUAGUGAAUGUGAACCUGGAUUUUUUUCGGAAUGGUACAUCCUUGCCAUCACAUCAUUCUUGGAAUUCGUGAUCCCAGUCAUCUUAGUCGCCUAUUUCAACAUGAAUAUUUAUUGGAGCCUGUGGAAGCGUGAUCAUCUCAGUAGGUGCCAAAGCCAUCCUGGACUGACUGCUGUCUCUUCCAACAUCUGUGGACACUCAUUCAGAGGUAGACUAUCUUCAAGGAGAUCUCUUUCUGCAUCGACAGAAGUUCCUGCAUCCCUUCAUUCAGAGAGACAGAGGAGGAAGAGUAGUCUCAUGUUUUCCUCAAGAACCAAGAUGAGUAGCAAUACAAUUGCUGCCAAAAUGGGUUCCUUCUCCCAGUCAGAUUCUGUAGCUCUUCACCAAAGGGAACAUGUUGAACUGCUUAGAGCCAGGAGAUUAGCCAAGUCACUGGCCAUUCUCUUAGGGGUUUUUGCUGUUUGCUGGGCUCCAUAUUCUCUGUUCACAAUUGUCCUUUCAUUUUAUUCCUCAGCAACAGGUCCUAAAUCAGUUUGGUAUAGAAUUGCAUUUUGGCUUCAGUGGUUCAAUUCCUUUGUCAAUCCUCUUUUGUAUCCAUUAUGUCACAAGCGCUUUCAAAAGGCUUUCUUGAAAAUAUUUUGUAUAGAAAAGCAACCUCUACUAUCACAACACAGUCGGUCAGUAUCUUCUUAAAGACAAUUUUCUCACUUCUGUAAAUUUUAGUCUCGAUCUCACCUAAAUGAAUCAGGUCUGCCCUUUAUCUUGCCCUUUUCAUUCUACCAACAGAUCUGCACUUUGAAGUCAAUGGAAAAUUACUCCAGUGAAUAAUAGCAGUAUAAUAUUAUGACUUGAAAAUAUUUUUUGUAAACUUGUAGUCAUAAUAGUACUAUAUUCUUCUUAGUCCUCACCUCUUCCUUGUCUUUUAGAUCUUAAUUUCAUGCUGAUUACAAAAAUCCAGUUUGGUUUUCUUUCUAUGUUCCAUGCAUAAUACAGUCUUAAGUGAAUUUCUCUUUUUUUUACUUUAUCAUAAUAGAAACUUAUCCAGUUUGAGAAUCAUUCCCUAAAGCAUGCAAUAGGAAAAAGAACCUCCUGGCUGGGACUGCCCAACUCUGUUCUGAUCAGUGGGUGGGUGAGGUAGGGUUUGAGUUGGCAAGAGCAGGGAACGGGCAUGUGCCCAGGUGAGCUCCUGUGUGUGUCCAGAUUUUAUAUUCCUAAUCCCAGUAAGGAAGAAAGCGUAGUGUGGGAGAGGAGAGAGCUGAUGACUGCAGUUCUCAAAGGUCCUCAGUGAAGUUAUUUUGGAGGCCCUGGUGGUCACAGGAUCAGAAGGCAAGGGAUAAGCAGUGGUCACCAAUGGUUGAAAGUAUGGCUUGUCCCAUUUCUUCCUGUUCUCUUUUUCCAGCUUCCACAUCAGCUUCCUUUUUUGAGAACAUAUAGAAGAAGAAGGCUAAGAGAUGGUGAAGAGACUACAUGAUUAAACUAGAUAGACCUGGUAUACAGUCACUGAACUAGUAGAUGUCAAUAAUUAUUAUUUUUAAAAAUUUUUAUUUGUUGGCCAGGCAUGGUGGCUCACGCCUGAAAUCCCAGCACUUUGGGAGGCCAAGGUGGGCGGAUCAUGAGGUCAGGAGAUCGAGACCAUCCUGGCCAACAUGGUGAAACCCCAUCUGUACUAAAAUACAAACAAGUAGCUGGUUGUGGCGCUGCAUGCCUGUAGUCCCAGCUACUCGGGAGGCUGAGGCAGAGGAAUUGCUUGAACCUGGGAGGCGGAGGUUGCCAGCCUGGCAACAGAACAAGACUCUGUCUAAAAAGAAAAAAAUUUUUUUUUUUGUUUAAGGUGGCAUCUUGCUCUAUCUCCCAGGCUGGAGCGUAGUAAUGCAAUCAUAGCUCACUGCAGCCUGGAACUCCUCAGCUCAAGCAAUCCUGCUGCCUUGGCCUCCCGAGUAUGUAGGACUACAGGUACUCGCCACCACACCUGGAUAAUUAAAAAAUUAUUUUUAUAGAGAUGAAGUCUCACCGUGUUGCCCAGCCUGGAUGUCAAUAAUUAUUUUUUUUAAAAAAUUUUUAAAAAGGUUUUUUGAGACAGAUUCUUGCUCUGUCACCCAGGCUGGAGUGCAGUAGCAUGAUCAGGGAUCACUGCAACCUCUGCCUCCUGGGUUCAAGCGAUUCUUGUGCCUAAGCCACCUGAGCAGCUGGGAUUACAGGUGCAUGCCACCAUGCCUGGCUAAUUUUGGUAUUUUUAGUAGAGAUGAGGUUUUGCCAUUUUGGUCAGGCUGGAAUUUUUUUUUUUUAAAUUUUGAUAAGACAGGGUAUCGCCAUAUUGGCCAGACUGGUCUCAAACUCCUGGGCUGAAACAAUCCUCCCGCCUUGGUCUCCCAAAGUGCUAGGAUUAUAGGCACAAGACACCACAAUAAUUAUUGCCUGGAUGUCAAUUACUAUUUUAAAAUAUUGUUGUAUUUACUUAAUGUCUUUAAUGCAUUUGCCCAAUAUUUUACAUUGUACUGCUCAGAGGUAUUCCUUUAUUAUGUGGUUAGUAUAGGUUAUACUUUGCUGACAAUUCACAUUUUAUUAGUUUGGUUAUGUUUUGUCCUUUUAAAAAAUUUUCUUUUGAGAUGGGGGUCUUGCUGUAUUGCCCAUGCAGGAGUGCAGUGGCACCCUCUCAGCUCACUGUAGCCCUGACUGCCUAGGCUCCAGCAAUCUUCUUACUUCAGCCUCCGGAGUAGCUGGGACCACAGGCACUUGCCACCACGCCCCACUAAAAAUUUUUUAAAUUGUUGUCUUUCUUGAAGUGUUCUCUGCCUGUCUUUGUCACAAAAUUUCAUUUUUCUCAUAGUUAAUUUCGUCUCUCCGAUAAGAUUUUAUUGGUGUUUCUUUUAUAACUUGGAAGUUCUUACACCGUUUAGUGAUUUUCAUGUUUCUUAGAAACUUUAAACCUUUAACUUCAAACAUUAAAAUACAAGUCUUUUAAUUACAUGAGUGCUUAGAAAUGUACGUAAUGUUUAUAUACACUUAUGCCUUACAUUAAAGUUCAAUAUGAGAAAUACAUGUUUAACAUUCAAUAAUAAUCUUAAAAAUUUGAGAAAUAAACUCUCAUAAAUGCACACAUUUUUAUAAACUUGCUACUUGUCUGCUGUUGAUCUUAACAUUUAUAUAAAUUACUAGUUGUGGAUUUCAUGUGAUCACUGGGGGCUUGAACAUUCAUGGAAUGGAGUGGUCCUAUGAAAACUUAUCCCAGUUGAACCUCAGGGGGUGCAUGCCCAAGUAUUCACAUGUAUUUUCUAAAGUAUGUAUAUAUAAAAUAUAUAUUGUAUUUCAUUCAAUCUAAGAUGCUGUCAAGAUAAGACAUAUUGUUAUUUUGUUUACUAUAUUAGUCUGUUUUCACGCUGCUGAUAAAGACAUACUCAAGACUGGGAAGAAAAAGAGGUUUAAUGGACUUACAGUUCCACAUGGGUGGGGAGGCCUCACAAUCAUGGUGGAAGGCAAGGAGGAGAAAGUCACUUCUUACAUGGAUGGCGGCAGGCAAGGAGAUAGAGCUUGUGCAGGGAAACUCCCAUUUUUAAAACCAUCAGAUCUUGUGAGACUCAUUCACUAUCACCAGAACAGCACAGAAAAGACCCACUGCCAUAAUCCAAUCACCUCCCACCAGGUUCCUCCCACAACACAUGGGAAUUGUGGGAGUUACAAUUCAAGAUGAGAUUUGGGUGGGGACACAGCCAAACCAUAUCAUUUACCAUUAUGAAAGAGAAAAUGCUGCAAAUUGUCUGAUACAAUACUUUAAAAAAUCACAUUGACAAUAAGCUUCAUUCUGAUUUUAGAGUUGAGUUGUGGACAAUAUGUGUCUUAGAAGUGAUGAAGUAUGAUGUGUGUGUGAUAAGUGAACCGAACGAGGCUAAUUCUCUGUGAAACGAGAGUUUGAAAAAUAAAUCCUAUGAUGGUACAUGCAUAUAUUUAUUAAACAAGUGUUUAUUGAAGGUC